AUGCUGUCCUUCGCUCUGAGGCGGCUCACACGGCCUCUGCGCCACAGAGCCCCUCUUCUUGCCAGUGUACGUGGGCAGCAGUCCCAUGCUGCCACCAAUACCGUGAAUGAAGAUCGUCCAUGGACAGGCCAGGACAGCCUGGCUAAGGACGACCCUGAGAUGUGGUAUCUUCUGCAGAAAGAGAAGGACAGGCAGUGCCGAGGUCUGGAGCUCAUUGCAUCUGAGAAUUUUUGCAGCCGAGCAGCUCUGGAAGCUCAGGGCUCCUGUCUGAACAACAAAUACUCUGAAGGCUACCCAGGGAGAAGAUACUAUGGUGGAGCAGAAGUGGUCGACCAAAUUGAGCUGCUGUGUCAGAAGCGAGCCCUGGAGGCUUUUGACCUGGACCCAGGUCUGUGGGGUGUGAACGUCCAGCCAUACUCAGGCUCACCCGCUAACUUUGCUGUCUACACGGCCGUCCUCAACCCCCACGACCGCAUCAUGGGCCUGGACCUGCCUGACGGAGGACAUCUGACCCAUGGCUACAUGUCUGAUGUAAAGAGGAUCUCAGCAACCUCAAUCUAUUUUGAGUCCAUGCCAUACAAGCUAAACAUUGCAACAGGACUUAUAGACUAUGAGCAGAUGGAGAUGACGGCCAAGCUGUUCAGACCCAAGCUCAUCAUCGCUGGCACCAGCGCCUAUGCCCGCCUCAUUGACUACAGCCGCAUCAAGAAGCUGUGUACUGACAUCAAGGCCUACAUGCUUGCAGACAUGGCCCACAUCAGCGGUCUGGUCGCAGCCAAAGCCAUCCCCUCUCCCUUUGAAUACGCUGACCUGGUCUCGUCUACCACACACAAAUCCCUCCGGGGAGCCAGGGCUGGCCUCAUCUUCUACCGCAAGGGCGUUCGCUCAGUGGACAAGAAGGGGAAGGAGAUCAUGUAUGACCUCGAGGACAAGGUCAACUUCUCUGUCUUCCCCUCGCUGCAGGGUGGACCUCACAACCACGCUAUCGCUGGUGUGGCUGUGGCACUCAGACAGGCAAAUUCUCCCAUGUUCAAGGAGUAUAUUGCCCAGGUUUUGAAGAACGCUAAGUCAAUGGCCACAGCUCUUCUCAGUAAAGGCUACACCCUAGUAUCAGGCGGGACCGAGAACCACCUGGUCCUCGUGGACCUGCGACCUAAGGGGAUUGAUGGAGCUCGAGCCGAAAGGGUGCUGGAGCUUGUGUCCAUCACUGCCAAUAAGAACACGUGCCCUGGGGACAAGAGCGCCCUGACUCCUGGUGGCCUCAGGCUAGGUGCUCCAGCCUUGACAUCCAGACAGUUCAAAGAAGGAGACUUUGUCCAAGUGGUCGAGUUCAUGGACGAGGGCUUUAAGAUCGCAUUGGAUGUUAAGAAAAAGACAGGAAAGCUCCAAGAAUUCAAGAACUUUCUUCUCGAGGACCCAGAGACUGUGGCUCGCAUAGCUGAUCUGCGCCACCGCGUUGAAGCUUUUGCCAGGCCCUUCCCCAUGCCAGGCUUCCACGAUCAUUAGGCCAGUCUGUGCGGACUCAGCGUGCUGAAAGCCAGGUGAUAGAAAGCUGGCUGAGCAGAAAUGUCUAAGGAGAGGGGGAAAAUGUCAUGUGGAAGUCAAACGUGGUUGGUGCCAGUAAAGUUGGAUGAAACUUGAGUUUCCUUGUUAUCAGUCAGGUUUGGGAAACUGCAUUUUUAUACUUCUUUGCAGUCAUCAAUUUAUCUAUUCUUGUGGGGGGGGGGGACCUGGCCUUCAUAAAAAAUACAAUAUUACAGAGUUUUUUUUUUUAGGGGCAAAGAAAAUAUUUUCUAUUUUAUGUGUAGAAGAUCUUUAUCACUUUUUUUUACACACAUUUCUGUAACAUGGGUGAGAUCGAGGAUUGAAUAAACAUGUCAAAUCAAAACAGUUAUUGGUCACACAGCCUCUGUGGCCUGAGUAAUGUAUAAUUGGUAAAUAUAAUAAAUUCUGCUAAAGAGUCUUAAUGCUGUAAAGAGUCAUUACUAAAAUCGCUAAUGUAAAUUACUAUUUUCACAUGGAGAUGCAUGCAUGUUUUUUUUUUUUACUAAUUUACUGUUAGCGUAACCUGGCACACAAGAAAGCUUCAUAAUAUGAAGGGUUGUUCUAUCAAAAAAAUGUUGUGUUGACCAGCUAAUAUUUUCCUAAAUGAGAAUCUUCUUGAAAAUCCGAAAUUCUCCCAAAAUCAAAUUUUUGAAAUGCAGCUCUUUAACUUCAGUCAAGAUUUGUCUUCAAAAGAAUAAGGGUCUAAGUCUGAGUUUACAGGAGGUGGACUCGUCUUCAUCUGAAAUAGUGAUAUAAAGCAUCACUACAAACUCACAUUGUUUAAAAACAAAUUUCACGCCAACACUUAAAACAAGAAGUUUGAAGAACUUAGUUUGUAUCAGAUUGCUUUACAAUAUAAUAGGUGUGAAAAUCUAACCAUGCAUGUUUUUUUUACAAUCACAAUUGUAUCUUCUUUUCUCGUUACUCAUAUAAUAGAUGUCAGAUUAUAAUUGCUCUAUAUAUUAGUUAUGACCUAAACAACCAAAUGAAAUACAGAUGUCAUCCUGGAUUAUUUCCUUUAAGUGCAUUUACAAAGAGUAUAUACUUUUGCAUAUAUUGUUUAAAGAGAAUUAACUGUAACUAUCAUUUCACCAUGAGUGUCAAUAUGAUUUGUGGAUUUAGAGGAAAAAAUUAUCUGUUGUGCAGUCUUUCUCUUCUGAGCGUCAUUUAGUUAACCACAUGAAAACUGUGAAGUAGUUGGAUUUGAUAAAACAUUUUCAAGGUACUUUGUUGUCUCUCUGGUUCACAGACACUGUUGUCAUUAUCACUGCAUCAGUGAGGAAGCAAGAUUUCUGUCUGUGAAAUGGUCUUACAGCACAACUGAAAAGAGGCCAUUAGAAACAGUGUGUUUCUUUCUUCUAAACACAGAUUCUAAAGUCAACAGAAUAAUGUGAAUUAUCCACAUCACUGAAUAUUUUCGUGACAACCAAUAAAGUAGAUGUUGCCAAAAAUGCACCAAGUAUUUUACUACAGUGUUCAUGAAUGCACUAUUUGUUUGUUUUCAUCUCUGAUGUGUUGCCAGCGAUUGUACAUCAAGUUUGAACUGCCUUUUACAGAACAUUUUUAUGUUAACACCUGAAAUCUAAUAAAAAUCAAAUAACGCAAACAUAA